AUGGUGGGUGUGGAAGACGAACGCACAGCAGGCGUAGACAACGAGCGGACGGCGGGCACGGGUGAACGGCUGGCGGGCGUGUUUGGGGGCAAGGUCGAGGGCCAGAACCAGGCACGCAGGGCCAAUGCGCUGCGUGUAGGCACGGCCGACGAACAAGCGGCGGGCGAACAAGGCCGGACGAGCGACGAGCGGGCGUGCGGCAACACACGUCAACCGCAAGUGUGCUGGGCAACCGUCCAGCAUGCAAAAAUGACCUCGGAACACGCGGCGAACGGGCGGGCGAGCCACUGGACUGCGGGCACGCGGAUGGGUCUGCGGGCGGGACAGCGAGCGACAGGGCAACUGGGCAGGCGGGCGGGCGUACAAGCCGGCGGGCGGACGUACGAGCGAUAG